AUGGAAAUGAAUGAACUUAAUUUACAUUCAUGUAUGAUACCAAUGGUUUGUUUAUUAAAACAUAUGGAAACAAAUGGAAUAAUUCCAAUAAAUGAUCGUAUAUCUGAAAUACCACCAUGGAUGAUAUGUAUGUGUAAAAAAUUUAGUGAUCCACUUAUAACAUUUAAUAUAAAAUUAUUUCUUAUGUGUCUUAUUAUUCAUACACAUACAAUAUUUAAACCAUAUGCAUGUUAUUGGUUAACACCAAUAAUUCAUAUAUGUAAUCAAAUGUUUGAAAAUUCAUCUGAAGGUUUAAAUAUAUUUAUAAUUGAUACAAUUGUUAUAUUAUUAUCAUGA